AUGCGCUUCACACGCAUCGUACCGCUUUUGCCUUUGGCAUCCGCUCUUGUUAUCACUGACGCUCAGGUUUUCCAAGAUCUUGAGAAAUCGAGCAGGUCGAUUGUCGACAAUGCCCAGAACGUUCUCGAUGAUGCCUUCAGCAAAAUCAAGGAUGCUAGCAAGGAAAUCUACAGCAAGAUUCAUGACACUGGCUGCGACGUUGAAUCAUGGUUGGAAGGCUCGUCGUUCGAUGACAGCGUUAUCGACUUCAAGGAGCACCCUCAUCCGCCCACAGAGGAUGAUCCACCACAUCACAAGAAGCCUCACCAUGACAAGCCCGACCAUGGUGAUCAUGGAAAGCCCAAUCGAACUGUGUACGAGCUCAUUAAUGAGAGCAAGUACACCACAAAGCUCGCUAAGCUGAUCAACGAAUACGACGAUCUCGUCCAGUUACUGAAUAGCACCAAGGCCAACUACACUGUCUUUGCCCCAACGGAUGAGGCCUUCGAGAAAAUCCCUGAACAUGGCCACAAGCCUUCAAAGGAGGCUAUUAGAGACAUUCUUCUAUACCAUGUCGUUGAUGAUUUCUUUCCCGCCGCCCGUGUGCUCCAGAGCUACACCAUCCCCACGCUCUACACUCCAGAGCACCUUCUCGGGCACCAGCAGCGUCUUACCGUUCGUGUCACACUCAAGGGGCCCGCGAUCAACUUCUACAGCCGUCUCGUAGCCGUAAAUAUUUUCGGCACCAACGGUGUCGUCCACGGACUCGACUCUCUCCUCGUCCCUCCACCAAACGUCGCUGCCAUCGUCAACCUACUCCCCGGCGAAUUCAGCACCUUAGAACUUGCUCUCGGUAAGACCGGUCUAUGGGAAAAGAUCAACAGCACCGACUACCCCCACGAAGGCGGCACAUUCUUCGCGCCCUCCAACCUCGCUUUCCAGAAGCUUGGUCCCCGCGUCAACGCCUUUCUCUUCAGCAAGUACGGUGAGAAGUACCUGAAAGCGCUUCUCAAAUACCACAUCGUCGUUGACCAGACACUAUACACUGACGCAUUCAUCGAUCACACUGGCAACAAGGAUGCCAAGGCUGCCAACCGUCCACCAUACUACCACUACGAUCUCCCCACUGUGCUCAGCGACAAAUACCUCGCCGUCGACGUUGCCCGGUACGGACCUUUCGUGUCCAUUCGUAUCAAUGGCUUCUCCCGCGUCACUGUGCACGAUGGUGUUGCUAGCGAUGGCGUCAUACAGGUCGUUUCUGACGUCCUGAUCCCCCCGAAGAAUGCUGCUAGCGGCGAGCAGGUCUUCUGGGAUGGUGAGGAGAUGACGAUCGAGGACCUCAAGGAGCGCCUUGAACCCUUUGUUGAGAACAUUGAGUUGUAA